AUGUUCGACAUCAACGUCGACAAGGACGAUAUGUGUAUAAUGGCAGUGCAAGGCAGGGUAGACGGAGCUCCCUCCACGGUCAGCUUCUCCAGGGAGCACUUUGAAUGGAAGACACUGGAGAUGCAGGGGAGCUCGAGGGUGCCGGCAGACAGCAUCGUCGCGGUCAUCAAGGCUGACGAGGAUACAGAAGAUGAAGACGUUCUGCUCUAUACAAAGAACGCUCGUCUAGAGACGCUGAAGCUGUCUGGCCUGCCGCACUCAGGGCCAGAGGAGUUCUACUGCAGCCGGCCAUCACACCUGGACGCGAGCGUCCACGUCGUCGUGUCGACGCUGUCUGGCACCCGGUCAGCCUCCGCCUUCUUCGAGGGCUCGCUGAAGCCGCUGCUGGCGUAUAUGAAGCCGGAGGGAGGCUACACGGCCCAUGAGACCGAGUCUGCAGAGACGGUCGCUGAGCUGGCGAGGGAGGUCUUCCUGCCAGGAGCGCUGGCGGGUGUUGAGCAGACCAUCAUCCUCCUGUCCGGCGACGGCGGCCUGGUCGACCUGAUAGGAGUGCUCUCCGAAGCGCCAGAGAGUGCUGCCUUCACCAGGCCGGUCGUAUGUCUUGUGCCUAUGGGGACGGGCAACGGGCUGGCGAAUUCUACGGGCCUGCUGGCUGACUCUACGCAGGGGCUCUCCCGCUUGGUGCGAGGCUCGCCGGCGGACCUGCCGUCCUUCUGUGUCAGGCUACCCCCUGGCUCGAUGUACGUGACUGACGAAGGACGAGGGAGGGAGCCGGUCGCCUCGACAGAAGGCCAGGCCGCAGAGGUCUACGGGGUGGUGGUGGUGAGCUGGGGACUGCACGCCUCCCUGGUGGCAGACAGCGACACCACCGAGUACAGGCGGUUUGGGGUUGACAGGUUCAAGAUGGCCGCGCAGGAGCUUCUCCAUCCCUCAGACGGCAGCCAGUCACACAGUUAUAAGGGUUCCCUCAGGCUCCUCAGACAGAGUGAUGGAGAAGAAGAACAGGUCGACCGGGAAUCACACAUGUACGUGCUGGUGACGCUGGCCUCGCAGCUCGAGAAGGGGUUUACGAUCUCGCCAGCAUCUCAGCCGCUCGACGGACAGCUGCGUAUCGUACACUUUGGCCCGCUGGCGCCGGAGAGGGCGGGCGAGCUGAUGGCGCUGGCGUAUCAGGGUGGACGGCAUGUUGCGCAGCCAGAGGUCGCCUACGCCGCCGUCGAGGCCGUCAGGAUCCGGGUGAAGGAGCACGACGAGCGCUGGCGGCGAGUCUGCGUCGACGGGAGGAUCAUCUUACUCCCACACGGAGCUGUUGAAGCUGGCAAAGCCGAAUAUAAAGAGGACGAAGUCGAAAUUCGACUUUCGCAGCGCAAGUUUUGCAGAAUACGAACGAACGAACGACAAGACAUAAACCAGGACAGUAAAGAAGGAGAUGGGAUGCUGGUGACUCCCCGGACGUACCGGCUCUCUCAGACGCCCAGCAACGGAGUCACUCUCUCGCCCGAAGACCAUCCGACCUUUCGUACUCUGCGUGGCUGGAGUGUUCCUCCUGCAGAGACCCGGCGUGCAGCGGAGAUGCUGCUCGUCCACCAGGCCGGCAGCCUCAAGGUCGGCGAGGUAGCCAGGUAUACAUUGACAUAUACUCCGUCGACGGACCGCAUCCUGCCCACGCCUUCACAGCUCCAUGUUAAGCUGCGCAACACCGCUGCUACUCCGCUGCGCGCCGCAUACCUCCAUGGGCCCUAUGCGCUGCAUGUCUCCUGCCGGCCAGCUGCCUUUGACCCUAACCGCAAGUUUGACCAGCAUGAGGUCGACGGUCUGCCGCAGUUUGAGCCCAACCUGAAGCCCGGCGGCGCCUGGGAUGCCGUCAUACAAGUCCCCGAACCCUCGUCCCGCGUGACCUGGAUAAUAGAGAUAUCGUCAGAGAUCAUUUUCUCCUCCACGGCAUCAGUCCAGUACGAGCUCCUCGUCGGCCGUGAUGCUGCCUCGGUCGAGUUGGGGGCUCCCGCCCUGGCCAACCUCCCUCCGCCAGGCCAGCUCCGUGACCACACAAGACAGUCAAAGGGCCGCUCUGGGCAGCCUGCCAGAGCCCCAGGUGUCUACUCAGAGUCCAUCAGGCUGCGGGUGGACGAUACUACCAGCCUCUGGAACCAGCCUCCCUUUCCUUCUUGCGAGAAUACGGCUGCUACCGACGGGUCGGAGGACGUUUCCUCGGAAUCACUCCCGAAGAAGCGCAAGAAGAUACACUUUGUUCUGGUCACGCAUGGGCUGCACAGCAAUCUCGGCGCAGAUAUGCUCUACCUCAAAGAGAGUAUCGAUGCUGCCGCAAAACACUCUCGAGAAGAGGCCAGGAAGCGGAAACAGCAGAGACAGGCAAAAGAAGGUCACGCUCCUGACGACGACGACGAAGAAGAAGAAGUCAUCGUGAGAGGCUUCCCAGGAAACGCCGUGAGAACAGAGCGAGGGAUCCAGUAUUUGGGCAAGCGGCUGGCAAAAUACGUCCAGCUCAUGACAUACCCGGACCAACCAUACCUGCCGUUGAAAUCCAAGAACAAACUCCAGCGCUCCCAGGCUCGCCAGAGUGCAGCAGCCAGCCAUGCAGAUUCACCCCAACAGCGCAAGAAGAGGGAGUAUGCUUAUAAAAUUACCAGCAUCAGCUUCAUCGGACACUCGCUCGGCGGCCUGGUUCAGACAUACGCUAUUGCCUACAUACAAAAACACUGCCCCGACUUUUUCAACUACGUCAAACCCAUCAACUUUGUCGCCUUCGCCUCCCCCUUUCUCGGCCUCAGCAAUGAGAACCCCAUGUACGUCAAGUUCGCGCUCGACUUUGGCCUGGUCGGUCGGACCGGCCAGGAUCUCGGUCUAGCCUGGAACGCCCCCUCGAGGAUGCGAAGUGGGUGGGAAGCCAUGAUCGGAGGCCUGGGGAACGACACCAGCCGGUCUCAGGGCCAGGACCCAGGCUCCAAGCCGCUACUUCGAGUCCUGCCUAGCGGCGCUGCGCAUGAGGUCUUGAAGCGGUUCAGAAACCGGACCAUAUAUUCGAACGUGGUUAACGAUGGUAUCGUCCCGCUGCGCACCUCCUGUCUACUCUUCCUUGACUGGAGAGGCCUCGAGCGAGUGGAGAAGGCUAGACGGGAGAAUGGGCUCGUCGGCACGGUGGCCGAAUGGGGGUGGGCGCAACUGACCGGGCUGAACUCGAGUGCAAUGCGUACUGGCUCUCGCGCCCCUGGCUCGGGAGGUGACAAGACUCAGGAGAGUAGCAGCAGCAAGACGGCCGUCCAGCCUCCCCGUCCAAAGUCGGGUUCUGGGAGUGGAGCGAACUCGCCUGAGUUGCCCUUGGCCAGUCAGUACCUGCAAUCAGAGAGUGACCCUGCCGUGGCUUCGCCUCAGAAGUUGAGCCCGAUCAGCUCACCUGUUUCUCCUGCUUCUUCCAGCCCCGUCAAUAGCUUUUUUUCCUUCUUUCGGCCACAGAAGAAGAACAAGAGCCAGAAGAUAUACAAACGCUCUCAGACUCUCCGAGUUGAUACUCCAACAGAAGAAGCUACGCCGAAAAGUAACCCGGAGCUGGCUUCUGCCCCAGUGGCCAAGGGCCCUGUCAGGAGUAACUCACUAUACGAGGAUGAGGACGGUUGGUAUACGCCUCCAAGGACAACCAUCCUCGAGUCCGCUGGUGAUGUGCUCAGUCCGCCCCUCCCGCCGCUGGAGUACCUUAUAGACCCGUCCUCACGCCCCAGAACCAUCUUUCAUGACCGGGUCUACCACCCAGAUGACAUUCCUCCGCCUCCACCAACAAGGCCUCGGACUAUAUUCCGCUCGUCAAGUAAUAAUGUCAGCCGAAGCGCCUCGACGGAGCACCCCGGCUCGCAGGCAGGGGCCACUGAUGGUAACAAGACGCCUACGGAGACGCUACAGAAAGGCAGCAGUGGUAUGAAAGUGGAAGAGAAGAUUGCAAGGGCUUACCAUCGCGAUCUGACAUGGCGGAAGGUCCUUGUACGCCUUGAGCCAGACGCACAUAACAAUAUAAUAGUCCGCCGCAUGUUUGCAAACGCGUAUGGCUGGCCAGUGGUCAAGCAUUUUGUCGAUGCCCAUUUCGGCUAUACAGCCUCUGCUCUCGAAUCAGACAACCUAGAAUCACGAGAGGAACGAGCAAAACCGAUGAAUGUUCCAGCAACCGACGAAGGCGAGGAGGUUAUUGGCCAGCAUGAUUCACCCCAUCGCCAGGCUACACCAAAUACCAUACAUGACAGCGAACCAGCAAGCCCUAGCGGCAAGAAGCCCCGUCUAUCUCUUCAAGAUGCUUCCUCUUCCCCGCAGGCACAAAGAAGCCCUAGGCUAGAGUGGAGCGAGCCUACGCAGACUCUUGAACGCAAAAUGAGUAGCCUGAGCGUGAGCUCGAGGAAUUCACAGGCCGAUUCUGCUCAGUGGACAGAGACAUACCUCGAAGACGACGGUCGCGAUGAAGAGUCUGCAGACGAUGAUAUUGAGCUCUUCAAGAAACACGAUGGCAUUCGAGCUUCAGAUUACUUGGAGCCAGACACUCCAGGGCCCGGUGGCUCGGAAGCCCAUUCACCUAUACCAUAA